AUGACUUGGCCAGCGUUUGAAAGUCUCGGGCUCCUCGUUGCAGUAUUAAUUUUGUUUUAUUAUUAUGCUACGUCAAACUACGAUUUCUGGGAGAAAAGAGGCGUGAAGGGGCCGAGACCUAUUCCCUGUUUGGGUAAUUAUAAGGAUGUGUUUCUCGGAAGGGCUUCGUUGAGUGAUAUUUUCGUCAAGGCGUAUUACGACUACAAGGAUGAAUCGAUGGUGGGAAUAUUUGGAGGACGUAGGCCCCUCCUGGUCCUGAGGGACCCAAACUUAAUGAAGGACGUCCUCAUCAAAGACUUUGCCGUCUUCGCUAAUAGAUCACCAUGUGCUGCAGAAGUGGAACCAUUAUCGACGCACCUCUUCAGGCUGGAGUCGGAGAAAUGGAGACCCUUGAGAACCAGACUUUCACCUAUCUUCUCUUCGGGUAAACUGAAGGAGAUGUUUCACUUGUUGCUGGAGUGCUCGAAUCACUUAGUGAAGUACGUGGACGGGCUAGUCGGUAACGGCGUAGAAAUAGUCGAGUCCCAUGAAAUCGCGGCGAAGUAUACCACUGACGUGAUUGGUUCCUGUGCAUUUGGUAUCGAGAUGAAAGCACUGGCCGCGGAAGACAGCGAAUUCCGUAAAAUAGGUCGUCAAAUUUUCGAAACGACCUGGCAGUCCUUUCUCAGAGACAGAUUGAGGGAGUAUCCGCUCAUCUUCAAGCUCGUUGGCCGCUUUAUCGUCGAUCACGAGGUCACGGAAUUCCUUACGAAUAUUACCAUAAAGACUAUAGAAUACAGGAUCAAAAACAAUGUUCAAAGAAACGAUUUCAUUGACAUUUUGGUGGACUUGAAGCAACAUCCGGAGAAACUUGGCGUUGAUGAAUUGACAGAUCAUUACUUGGCGGCACAAGCCUUUGUGUUCUUCAUUGCUGGCUUCGAAUCAUCUUCGGUAACAAUCUCCAAUUCUUUGUUCGAGCUUUCAUUAAAUCCAACGGUUCAGGAGAAACUUCGAGCAGAGGUUAAAGGUGUUCUGCAGAAGAACAAUGGCGAAAUCACAUAUGAGAGUGUAAGGGAAAUGAAGUACCUAGACGCAUGUGUUAAAGAAACACUUAGAAAAUAUCCAGUAGUACUGUAUCUCGCCAGGAGGUCAGUGACGAAUUAUACGUUUUCGGGGACGAAAGUAACCGUUCCCAAGGAUCAACUCGUUUAUCUGCCAAUCUAUGCGAUUCAACGUGAUCCAGAUAUUUAUCCAGAGCCAGAGGUCUACGAUCCCGACAGGUUCCUCGACGAAAAUGCCAAACAUAGAAACCCAAUGUAUUUCUUACCAUUCGGCGAUGGCCCAAGGAAUUGCAUUGCGUCAAGAUUCGCCGACUACCAAACGAAAGUGGCAGUAAUCAGAAUUAUGCAAUACUAUAAACUCGAUACCUGCGACAAAACUCCAGUGCCGUUCGUUUUGAGUCCGAAGCCGUUGUUCCUUUUCAAACCGGUUCACGGGAUAUAUGUAAAAAUGUCGAAGCUCAAGGAGUGA